AUGAAAAAUGCUAUUUUCCUGCAUGUAAUAUUUCUUUUUUUCGGAUUUGUCCUUCCGCAGCAGGUUUUUUUUGAACAAUUCCUAAAUAGAUAAUCAUUCAAAUAUCCAUUAAUAUCUAUUUCGAGCAACUUUCCUUUUUAGCAAACGUGUUGUUCGAGUUCAAACCAACCAUGUAUGGCUUACGACUCCAGCAAAUUAGCAACUACCAUCGACCAAGCUCUCUUCCACUUUCCUAAUUUGGCAUCUCCCCAACACGACACCAUGUUUUCGUCACAAUCAGGAAGUUUUUCCUCCAGUUCUUUGCCUUCUGGUGGGACCAACCGGAUAAUGUCAGCGGUAAGAAGAAGUGAAACUAUUUAUCCUUAUCUGCACAUCAGCAAUUCGCCACAGCUCAAAAAGUAUCUCCAGAAAGUUCCCAAGAAGCUUGCACCACAACAAGUUGCAUGUCUUGCAAGCUGCAGAUCAUAAACGGCUUUCUGGAAAACCCAAAUAUCCAGCCGUCAGAUAAUGAAACCUUUUGGGUUCAAAAGUCCCUUCUCGAGAGUUCGCUCGGUUUGGAAUGCAAGUAUGUGGGUGAAAAUUUAGUUUUACAGGCAGCGAAAAGGGAAACUGUCCUGGUGAGAAUUUCAAUAACAAGAACAAAAAUGAAAACGUGAGAUUUUCUUUUUCCAUUAUUUUUUUUUUAAUGAAAAUUAAUAGUUUUUCAAGAAAAGGGGCAAGAAUAGAACGAGGCCUACUGAACUAAACCCCAAAAGCAUGGUUAACAACGAGACGCUGCAAAACUGUGAGUUUUCAAUACAUAAAAGAUAGUAUCCAACUUUGCUAGAAACAAAAUCUUUCAGCCCUCGGCGUGGUGACUCUCAUUGGUUGCGACUACAAAAGAGGGGCAGCCGUUGCCUCGGACUCACCUUGGACAGGUUUAUGCAGUUUGUGCUGGCAGUGGAGGAAACUGCCGUCAGACUACUUUCCCACAUUUUUGAACGAAGUCAAUUGUGAUCGGAAUGAUAAUGGCUGUUUAUCAGGUAUCGAACUCCCUCCGCAUUGAAAAUUCCUUUAGGUUUCGGAGAAUGCAAAACCGUGACGAGACCUAUUCAAGUAAUGCGAAACUCGGGAAUCGAGCCCCAGUUCGAUUGGGAAGAAGUCACGAUUCAAACAGCCGUUGCCUGUGAAUGUCAGGUUGCUAUUGGGACGCCUUUGUAUGACUUCGUAGUAAAAUAA